UGUUGGACCCUGAGGGAUGAGGGAGCUGUCCCAGGUACUUGUUGUUCCCCCUGACUUCACCAAACAGCUCUCGGUCUUGUAGAUAGAGACCAAAGUGGCUUCAGCUUUCCCCCUCUGCAUUAAAUAUACUGUACGAAAACAAGUUAAACCAAACCUGGCGCUUCAAUAAUUCAUUUGGCGCUGAAUAAAUUAUUGAAAUAUGCGCGUCAAUCAGCCUCGGCACGUCUGGUGAAACAAAAAAAAGAAAAAAAAAAGCCCAGUGUUCCACCAAUAGGAAAGCAAGAUCCAACACUCCUGCAGAGUUUCCACCAAUGAGAGCAACGCUUCCUCCAUUUCCUGUUGUGGACUCGGUGAGUUGUUGGAUCCAGCAUUCCUGUGGUCCAGAAUGUGAAUUAAAGCAACAACAGAAAUGUGCAUGAGGGUCUUCACCUCCCGGCUGCACAGGUGCUGCACAUGACACAUCAUAUCAUGGGCCUCGGAGACGGCAGGUGUCCGCUGAUGUCAUGACCCGUCUGUUGAUAUUCCCUUGACAACCGCGGAUCGGAUACCUAUAUUCAGGGGUCAUCAUGCCCAUCACGCUGAUCUGGGCCGUGGACGUGUAUGGCAGGGUGUACAGCCUCUCCACAGCUGGCCAGCGGUGGGAGCGCGCAGACGACAUGCUGCUGGAGCUGAAGCGCGUCACUGCGGGGAAGGGGCGCUGCUGGGGCAUCGGCUGUGACCACCAUGUUUACCUCAACAUGAUGCCCAGCGAGACCCCCAUCCGCUAUCGGGAGGAGACUUAUGAAAACCAGAGGUGGAACCCAGUGGACAGCUUCACCGACACGCUGCUGCCCACCGACCGCUGGCCGUGGAGCGACGUGACCGGGAUGAAUCCUCAACCACUCCACAGCUUUAAGCUGCCCUCCCGCAGCUGGGAGUGGGAGGGGGACUGGUAUGUGGAUCAGACCUGUGGAGGAGAACCCAGCCAGACUGGAGGUUGGGAGUAUGCGGUAGAUUUCCCGGCCAACUUCUCCCCGGACAAGAAGUGGAACUCUUGUGUUCGUCGCAGGCGGUGGAUCCGCUACAGGAGAUAUAUAGCACAAGGCACCUGGGCAAAGAUCCCUCUGGACAAUCCCAGGAAGCCCCCGCUGCCGCUCUGUGACAUAAGCUGUGGUGGUUGGGAGAUGAGUGACCAGUCUGGAAAGUAUCCCUACCUCUGGGGUGUGUCUCAACAAGGACAGGUGUGGUUCAGGGAGGGCAUCCACCCUCGGGUCCCAGAGGGCUCCGGCUGGGAGGAGGUAGAGGUGCCCAAAGAGGUGGCUCAGUUAUCCGCCGGCCCCGGAGACCUGCUGUGGGCUUUACUCUGGGAUGGGAACCUGCUGGUCCGUACUGGCCUCAGCCUGGACAGCCCGACUGGCACAUCGUGGGGGGAGGUGGAAUCACCAGGGAAGGAGAUUGAAGCGCUUCAUGUGGCUGUUGGAGUCAGCGUGGUCUGGGUGAUCACUAAAGACUAUAAGGUGUGGUUCAGGCGUGGUGUCAACUCCCACAACCCUUGUGGCUCCGGCUGGAUCAGCAUCGGAGGAGAGAUGAUGAUGGUGGAUGUAGGACUCAAUGACCAGGUGUGGGCGGUAGGUGAGGACCGCGGCCUGUAUUUCAGAAUGGGUGUGACCCCGACUGAACCAAGUGGGAACGGUUGGAUUCCUGUUUCGGCCCAAUGGGGAAACAAUAAAGAGGUUGUUCCACCCAGGAAUGAGUUUAGUGGCCAGCUGACUGAGGCCUCACAGGGCUCAGUUCUGAGCUGCACCGACUCAGACUCAGAGAUAGGUCCAUCUGACCCAGAAAAAAGCUCUAAUGAAACCCCGGUCGUGGAGGCAGCCGCCUCCUCCGUGGUCCCUUUAGGGGGAGCCGACACACCUUCACCUCCCCUGAAAACAGAGGAUACUCCGUCAGCCCCCCAGCAGGAUGCUCCCAAACCCUUCAUCCCCGCCAGCGACAGCUUCAUCAACAGCCUGGUCUCAGACCGCGACAAAACUACCACACCCCAGCCGUCCAUCGCAGAGCUACCGCAGGAAGAAGUCGAGGAGUCGGCCCCAGCUCAGAUACUCCCAACCCCUGAGGCUGUAGGACAUGACGUCCCCUGGAUGAACGUGGAUCUAGAGGGGGCAGAAGCGGCUCGAAGUGCCCAGGCAGGGGCGAGGCUAUCUCUGAGCGAUGGCAGUGCUGCUGCUACCUACGCCCUGGGGACUCUGGAGACCUCUCAGGGUGUUGGAGAAGAGGACGGGCCGGUGUGGACCUGGAUCUCCGGUGGAGGUUGCGAUGUGGACGCAGAGCGGAGUUCACAGAUCAGCUGGCUCAGUCCCACAGGUCCUCUCACCAGCUCCCUGUCACUGACUCCAGUACAGUCAGCAGCCUGGAGCGAACAGCAACAGCAGGAACACAGAGAGGAGAUCAGCAAGAAACCACUGGAGAGAAGCAACUCGGUGUGGAUGCGUAAAGGUGCGUUGCGCUGGUGGAGAGACUGGAAGCCUCAGCGUUGGGUAGAUGUCAGCGUUGCUCUCGAACAGUCCACCAGGUCUGACGGCAGGAAGGACAGCAUUUUCUUUGUCUACUACACCCAGUACGAUGAGAAGAAGUACCUUCAUGUGUUUAUAAAUGAAGUGACAGCGCUGGUUCCCGUGCUCUGGGACUGCCACUAUGCCUUCGCUGUGUACACGGCUCAAAGGACCAAACAGAGGUGGCCUCUGGUUCUGGCAGCACAAACUGAAAAGGACAUGAACGACUGGCUGAGUCUGUUGUGUGACUGUUGCUGUGAGUGUCGAGGGAUCACAGGUCCACCAUCCAGGCAGGCCCUGUGGUCCACAACCUCGAAGGGGGACGUCAUGAUCCAUGAGCCGUCCUUCUCCUUGGAGGCAACCGCAAACACACUGGCCUGUGACCUCAUGUUCUGGCGACAGGUCCCGGGUCACCUGCGCUGUGUAGAGUCUAACAGUCUGGGUGUGGUGUGGGGCAUCGGGUGGGACAGCACCGCCUGGGUCUACAGCGGGCACUGUGGGCAACAGCCCAACCCGGGAGACGCAGCUCAGACGCACCAGCAGACCGAUGUCAGGAGUGUUCACGUGUAUGAGAAUCAAAGAUGGAACCCCAUGACAGGAUACACAGACAAAGGACUUCCUACAGAUCGCCCAAUGUGGAGUGAUGAGAGCGGACUGAAGGAGUGCACCAAAGGCAACACACACCCGCCCUCUCCUCAGUGGUCCUGGGUGUCAGAGUGGGCUGUGGACUACAACGUCUCUGGAGGGGCAGACAAAGAAGGCUGGCAGUAUGCUGCAGACUUCCCUGUGACGUUUCACGGCCACAAAACCAUGAAAGACUUUGUGAGGCGAAGAAGGUGGACGAGGAAGUGCAAGAUCACGCUGAGAAGUCCAUGGCAGCAGGUCCCACCCAUUACUCUGAGUGACAUCUCUCUGAUGCCAUGCCUGGCACAGAGCAGGAUGGAGCAGAUCCCAGUCUGGGCGCUCAGUGAUAAGGGAGAUGUUUUGUGUCGUCUAGGAGUCAGCCCCCAAAACCCUGCGGGCAGCUCCUGGCUACACGUGGGCACAGAUCAACCGUUCAAGUCUAUCUCCAUCGGCGGAGCCAACCAGGUGUGGGCCAUUGCCAAGGACGGAGCUGUGUUCUACCGAGGAUCUGUUUCCCCACAAAACCCAGCAGGUGAAUGCUGGUACCACAUCCCGUCUCCCCCACGACAGACUCUCAGACAGCUGUCUGUUGGACGGACCUCCGUCUUUGCUGUGGAUGAAAACAGUAACUUGUGGUACAGACAGGGUCUCACCCCUAGCUACCCUCAGGGGUCCGCCUGGGAGCUCAAUUCUAACAAUGUCACCAAGGUUUCUGUGGGACCGCUGGACCAGGUAUGGAUCAUAGCGGAUGGAGUUCCAGGGUUCCCUGCUGAGGCACCUGGAGCCGUCUGCCACAGGGUGGGGGUGGGACCCAUGCAACCUAAGGGCCAGUCGUGGGACUAUGGCAUAGGGGGAGGAUGGGAGCACAUCAGUGUGAGAGGGAACUCAGCAGAGGCUCCUCGCCCCCCUCACCCUCCUACUGUCGGAUCCCCACGCAGCCCGCUGGCACAGCGACCUCCGACACAAGUGAACGGGAACGUUGUGGGUGUGUAGCACCAUCUCCACCUCCUCUCCCACCCCAGCCCUGUUUGUGCCUGGAUCCACAUCAGACCGUCCCCACAGGCUCUUAUCCCUUCAUGUAAAGGGAAUGCACAAUCAUACCAUUCAGUUUUUACUCUAUAUUUUGGUUGGGAUUUGACACUUGAUCGAUGGAUGAAUGUUACUCGCUGGGGCUUGUUUCCCAGGCUGAGAUCACGUCAGUAUGCAGUGAUGAUGAAAAGAGGAAAGGGAGCACAAGAGCAUUUAAGUAGAAUGGAUCAAAAUUUCAAAGUGAGUGCAUGUGUUUGCUCUUACUAGGCUUACUGGGUGUUUUGGGAUCUAGCAAUAGCUUUUAUUCUUCUAUACAAUAUCCUGUGAAAACCUAAGAGGGGGGGCGGGGGCUUUGAUAAAGGACUAAGGCUUGGGUACCAAACUUACUUCAAACACAGUCCCACAGUAUCCUAAAUUGUCUCGGCUUCUAGAAUCUUGUUUGUUUUUGUCUGUCAUACAUUUGCAAGUGAUUAUUUAUUUAUUUAUUUAUUUAUUAUGCAUUUGUUGAAUUCUCUAUUAUGUUUUGGCCUAUUAUAUGUUUGCAAUGGAGUGUUUUUCGCCCAUAUUGCUACGAGAAGUCUCCCUAACGCCGAUCGCUUUUUCAAAAAAAAAAAAAGAGGCAAAAUUUGACAUCUCUGUACUUCAGGACAAAUAUAAUGCUCCUUAAAUUACAAGUGACCGCAGAGAGAAAAAUCCGGACAUUUCCAGAUGAUACCUCUCUCCGCCUGCAAUAAAGAAAGUUCUUCCAGUUGUAUCCAUCCACAUAACUGCUAUGACCACGAUAUGACCGUGACUGUUGAAACCGCGCUGCAGGUCUGAAUGUCACCAUGACUCGACAUUCAUCUAACAAAGGCACUCAAAUGUGAAAUAAAAGUCUAAAAAUGUCGUUUUAUGUUCUGACAUUCAUUCAGUCGGUCUGGAAAACCAGCUGAUUUGCAGUUUGUUUGAAACUUUUAUAAGCCUUUAUUUGAAUAAAUUGACUGUGAGGAUGAAAAUAGUAGUUGCAUUAAGCACUGAUAUCCAUAGGAUGUGUCUUUAUUUGAUAGGUGCAGGUAGAGACACGCAACAAACGUCUCCAGACAGAAUCAAACCAGGGACGUUGUGGUUAUGUAGUAUGCAUCUCAACCACUCAGCCCCUGGACGCCACAAAAAAGGUCUAUUGUUGACCUUUGGGACAUAGUCAAGGCCAAAAAUAUUGGUAUUUUCAUGUUUAUUUCCUUUGUUUGCAGUGGAAUGACACAACAAAAUCUAAGAUAUUUUACACAAAGUGGAAAAAAAUAGGCCGAACAAAAUUAUUGGCACCCUCAACUUAAUAUUUGGUAGCACACCCUUUGGAAAAAAUAACAACUCAGUCGCUUCCUCAUUUUUUACACCUCUGUAGUCUUCUUUCGUAACUGGUCCAGAUCUUUCAGACUUGAUGGGUUCCUUUUCCCGAACGCUGUUUUAGGAUCUCUGCACAGGUGCUCUAAGGGAUUUAAAUCUGGACUCUUUUAUUGUCCUGUUGUAAGACCCAUGACCUAUGGGAUAUAUUGAGUGUAAGGCAGGAAAACAUGCUGGAGUAUCUCAGCAACAACCUUCCUCACACCGUUAGAGCUCAGCUGAGAUCUCACGCAUACCGCCUCACCUCCCUAGGCCAACUCCGAAUCCACAAGUUUGUGUGGCGUGUAGACAAAAACUAUAUCUAAACGAUACCUCCCACACUUAUUCUUCCCACCACAGAGAAAACAAACCACAUCCUGAGAGCCAGUUCUUGUAUCCAGGGAUCAUUCCUUCACCUGGCUGUACGACUGGCAAGACACCACGCACAAGUUAGAAGUUCAUUUGCAUUUAUUUUCAUAUUAAACAGUGUAAUUAUAAACAUUUCAUUCAAUUACACUAAGCAUGAUAAAUAUGAAGUAAAAAUAUUUUUUAAAAUCUACAAGUUUAAAGGACAGAAUGAUUUCACAUCUGCUUUUUGUGUCUUAAUUUAACUGCUUUUAGCCGACAACUGUGAUAUGUUCCUCUGAUCAACUCAGUUUUUAAGUUACAAAAUGAAACCUCAUACCUAUAACUCAGUUACAUCAUUUCCCAUUUACAGACAGAAAAAAAAAAUUAACAUUUACAUACAUCGGUACGGUUCAACAUUAAGUUACAUUUCUCAAAUGUGCAAGAUUAAGCAAACGUAUACUGUAGUCAAAUAAAACAAGAUUUCCUUAAAUAAAUGUUCAAGUUUAACUGAAGCACAGGCUGCUGGUUUUUAAACAGAGGUUAACAUUGUCUAAGAUACUGUACAGUGCCUUCUGAAUGGGGCGGGGGAAGAUGGACAAUAUCUACUACAGGUGAAGUAUAGCUGUUCAUCUGUGACAAAAAAAAAA